ACAAAAAACAAUAACCCCCCUCCCCCCCCCCAAAAAAAAACCAAGGAGAUUCCCGUGAAAAGAGUUUCGCAGUAUACUAACACCACCAUUCUCUGAACCCGAUCACCCCAAAUAUUCAACCCUCAUAUGGAGGAGGGCAGAGAGAGAGGGACACAAACAACCCACAAUUCAAAGGUUCAGCUUAGAAACUAGAGAGAGAGGGAAGAAGAAGAAGAAAAAACCAAAAAACCUGUAUAUAUAAAACACCCAGUUGAAAAGUAUUUAGCAGAAGAGCCAAAACAAUUAGACAAAGUGAGAGUAAUUUUAUUACACAUGGAUUCUGCUUCAGGUGGAGCCGGACUGCCCGACCCGAACGUCAGCAGCGGCGAGGGUCCGUCGUCUGCGUCAAGGUCGGCAGCCCCGGGGGCUACCGCUGAGCCCCCGUCAGCAUCUCCGGCCCCGCCAAGUCGCUACGAGUCGCAGAAGCGGCGGGACUGGAAUACCUUCCUGCAGUACCUCAAGAACCACAAGCCUCCGCUCACGCUGGCCCGCUGCAGUGGGGCCCACGUCAUCGAGUUCCUCAAGUACCUUGACCAGUUCGGGAAGACCAAAGUCCACGCCACCGGCUGCCCCUACUUUGGACACCCCAACCCUCCCGCCCCGUGCGCCUGCCCGCUCAAGCAGGCGUGGGGCAGCCUAGACGCGCUCAUCGGACGGUUGAGGGCCGCGUACGAGGAGAACGGAGGACGGCCCGAGUCAAAUCCCUUCGGUGCUCGAGCGGUGCGGAUUUAUUUGAGGGAGGUGAGGGAGGGACAGGCUAAGGCCAGAGGAAUUCCCUACGAGAAAAAGAAACGGAAACGGUCGACCGUCACUGCCACUGCGGUUGUAGGGAAUGUGUCGGUGGCGUCCACUCAAGGCGUCGGUGGUGAUGGUGAUGGCGGUGGCGGUGUUGAUGGUGGCGGUUCAAGUAACACCGCUGCUGCUGCUACUAGUACUGCAGUAUAGGUUUCUCUCAUCACUAAUUUCCAUCUCUCUUUUGUUUUCAAUUUUUUUUUUAAUCCUUCUAUAUUUAUAUCUUCUCUCUUUUUAAUUGUGAUUAUGAGCCAUGUAUAUCAGGCGAUUCUCUUAUAAUUGGAUCGACCAACCCCAUGAACAAAAAUAUUUAGGAAUUUCCAUCUCUUACUAGUUAAUUCCCAAGCAUAUCUAUUGAUCUUCGUCAUCAUCUGCAGAAAGUGUUGUCCCAUAUCACAAAGUGAGAGUCUGCAUGCUCAUAGUCGUCCUCAUUUUAAUUUUGUUUUGUUAAA